CACCAUACAACCUGGAUGUCGUACCUGACCAUGACCUGUGUCUACACCUAUAUUCUCAGCUUUGGCAUGGGACCAGCUGGAGUGACUGGCAUUCUUCCCACAGAGAUCUUCAAUCAGGCGGCUCGGCCGGCAGCCUACAUGAUUGCUGGCUCCAUGAUGUGGCUCAACCUGUUCGUCGUUGGAAUGAUCUUCCCAUUUUUAGUAAGCGGGCUGCGUGAGUACUGCUUUGUGCCUUUUGCAGCGAUCUGCCUGUUGUCUGCACUGUAUGUUGGCCUUUUUCUGCCUGAGACCAAGGGGAAGUCUCUGUCAGUCAUCAUGCGUGAAUUUCACAGGCUCAAUUUCAAAGGCCAGGAAAACCAUUUUGAAGCUCAAACCAAACUUCAGUAUCAGCUGGGCGAAGUGUGUCUUUCCACAGCCUUGUAGACAGACUUUUUCUCCAGAAACAUGCAGUCACACCCAGCGCAUGCCUUACUUUGACCUGAUCUGCAUCAGCGGGAAGAAGUUUUGUGGUUUGGGAGCCGCUUUUCAUAUCUUUGAAAAACAUUAUCUGAAAUGUUUUUCCUGUGAGGAAAAUGGCAAUUAAAAGAAUUUAUCUUUGACUUUUUCA